AGUCUGCGCCGUAGCCAUGCCCCAGGCCAUGUGCAGAGUGUGUCUUUCUGUAAGCUAUAAGCACAGCUGAUUCGUUAUCUCCGGCACCAUGGCUUCUGGAGGAGAAGGCACAGAUGACCUUGCUCUGUCAGGCACCGGCCUCCUCGAUCUGAUGUCCCCCGAGCUGGAGAGGACGAGCACCCCCGAGCUGGAGAGGACGAGCACCCCCGAGCUGGAGAGGACGAGCACCCCCAAGCUGGACAGCGGGGAGGAAUUUGAGGUCCUACCGGACAGAGACACUGAGGAGGAACAGGAUGAGAUACCCCCACUGGAGGAUGCUCCAGAAUGGCUUGAUGUGCUGGGGAGCGGUUUGUUGAAGAAGAAGGUCCUUGUAGAGGGCCUGGGCCAAGACAGCCGACCAGUCAAGGGCCAGGAUGUGACCAUACGGAUGAAGGCUAUGUUGGAGGACGGCAUAGUGGUGCUGGAAGAACCCAGGCUAACCUUCACACUGGGGGACUGUGACAUCAUCCAGGCCCUGGAUCUCUGUGUGCAGCUGAUGGAGAUGGGAGAGAAAUCACUUAUUGUAUCGGAGGCAAAAUACUGCUUCGGCUCACAGGGCAGGUAUCCCAACAUCCCCCCUAACACUCCCCUAACUCUUGAGGUCGAGCUGUUGGCAGCACAGCAAGGUCCGAUUUGGGAAAUCCUUAACGGUGAAGAGAGAGUAGAGCUGGCGAACCGGAAGAGGGAAUAUGGCAAUGGACACUACCAGCGGGCCGAUUAUAUGCUGGCAGUCAACUCCUAUGAUAUUGCCCUCAGGAUUAUCAAUUCCGGUUGUAAAGUGGAUUUCAGCCCCGACGAGGAAGAGGAUCUCCUGGAGGUGAAGCUGAAAUGCCUGAACAACUUGGCUGCGGCUCAGCUGAAACUGAACCAUCAUGAAGCUGCCAUGCAUUCCUGCAAUCAGGUGCUGAGGCUGGAGCCGGAGAACAUCAAGGCCCUGUUCCGUAAGGGAAAGGUCCUGGCCCUGCAAGGCGAAUACGGAGAAUCCAUUCGCAUCCUGAAAAACGCUUUGACUCUGGAGCCUUGGAAUAGGACCAUCCAGACGGAGCUGUCAAGGAUGGUGAGGAAGUAUGCGGAACAAAAGAGCGUGGAGUCGGAGAUGUACCGCAAGAUGCUGGGGAAUACCGAGGAUGAAAGUGUGGCUCUCGUCAAGUAUGAGCCAAAACCCUCAAGGUCCAUUCCGUGGAAGUGGCUGUUCGGGGCCACCGUCAUGGCGCUGGGAGGAGUGGCCCUGUCGGUGGUCAUCGCAGCCAGGAACUAGCCUUGCAACCGCAAGGACCCCAUCCCAAAUGGCCUUCUUCCCCCCCUCCCCUCCCCUCCCCUCUCUUCACUUGGUUCUAUUGAUCAGUGGGCAACUUUGGACUUUGGUUUGUUUUGCGAGGAUGGGGGGGGAGUGGGGGAAUGCUUCUCUUUUCCCCACUGGAGGAUCUGCCGACUUCCCCAGCUGGACACGGAACGCCAUACCGGAUCUUUCUCCUGACUUUGACUUCACGGGUUGGUUCCCAGGAUUGGGAAGGACCCAGAAGAGUGAGGAUGCUUUUCCAGGAAAGCUAGGAACCGCGACACACAAUCUCUUCUCUCUCCUGUCUGGGAGGGGUGGGCGCAUCCAUUUUUCUCCCAUUACUUUCUUGGUCCUUCCUUCUACCUCGGGUCUAUCAGGGUAGGGGUCUGGCAGUAUUUUUUGGCCAGGAUUUGAAGACAAGGAGCUUGUGACUUUGAACUGGAGCGGAGGUGUGUAAGACUAAGACUGCAGGAGACCAAACCUUCUAGCCUGCUGACAAGAAGCAUGUUUUGAGAUGGUUUGCGAGCGCCUCCUAGGUACAAGCCAUUCUUCAAGCUGGUCUGUGUUAGAUGUUUUGGAUUCUGGCUCCCAUCCGCCCCACCCAGCAUGGCCAGUAUUUGGGGGUGGGGGCGGAGCUGUCGUCUGAAACAUUUGGAGAGGGUGACUGGUAUGGCAUUUCUUAGGCAGCCUCCAAGCGGGGACCCCUUGGAAGGGCUGACGGGGUUUGUGGACCUAGGCCCCAUUUUGAUAUGUGCAAAGCACUUGAGCGACAGGGUGAGGUGAGUGGAGUUAACUCUCCUCCUGUUGCCGAAUAUGGGGGUCCUGCCGGCCCCCACCCCCUUGGAUUCCUCCUCCCCUCGAUUUUCCCUCUGCCUCAUUUCAGUUGUCAACCAGUUCACCUUCACCAGGAUUCUGGUUUUUUUUCUUUCUUUACCCAGCAAAGUGUCUCUUUUGUGGUUGACGCUGUUGAAUUUAUUCUUUGAACAAUUCAAUAAAUUGAA